GCUACUUGAUAUACUUGCAUGCGUCGCUGUCGUCUCUCCUGGAAUCACCAGCAGCUAGCAUCAUGGCACCGGGACUACCAGAGCUCAACAUCCACAUUAUCGGCGCAGGAAUGGGCGGCAUGGGCACUGCCCUAGCAUGCGCGCGCCAAGGCUUCAAGUCGAUCCACGUGUGGGAGAGCGCGAGCAACAUUGGCGAGGUUGGCGCGGGGAUCAACAUCCCCCCGAACCUUGCGCGCGUGCUUGACAAGUGGGGCGUGCUGGGGGACGUGAGCAAGGAGGGCGUGUUGAUUGAGAAGGCGCAUGUGCUGGACGGCUCGACCGACGAGGUGCUCACCACGGUCAGCUACGAGGACUACAUGCAGAAGGAGUACGGCUGGCCCUUCACCACUGUGCACCGUGCCGCCCUGCAGCGCGGGCUCGUGAACGGCGCGACGGGCAGCGGCGUGGUCACGCUGCACCUCGGACACUACAUCACCAAGUACGACUUUGACAAUACCCGCUUCCAGGUCAAGGGCAAGCACAAGGACGACAGCAAGGCUGUGUGGACGGACGCCGACGUCAUUAUCGCCGCGGACGGGGUGAAGAGCAAGGCUCGCGAGGCGAUGAUGGCGCGCAAGGGAGUUGUGGAUGAGGUUGAGGACACCGGCCAGGCAGCCUACCGUAUCAUGGUGCGCCGCUCGGCCAUCAAGGAGGACCCCGACCUCGUGCCCUUCUUCACUGGCUCCGAGUCUUACCGCUGGAUCGGCGAGAAGCGCCACAUCAUUGCCUACCCCAUCGACAGCCACGACCUGUUCAACAUGUCGACGACUCAGCCUGACCGGCACUUCGUGCAGGCGGACACGUGGACCGCGGCGGGGAGCAAGACGGAGAUGCUCAAGACGUUCCACGACUUCUGCCCGCGUGUGCAGAAGCUGCUCUCGCUCGUGCCAGAGGGCGAGGUGCUCGAGUGGAAGCUGCGCGUGCACAAGCCCAUCGCGCAGUGGGUGGACCACAACACCGCGCUCGUAGGCGACGCGUGCCACCCGACGCUGCCGCACAUCGCGCAAGGCGCGGCCCAGGCGGUCGAGGACGCAAUGUGCCUCGGUAUCGUGCUCGCCAAGGUCAAGGACAAGAGCGAGAUCCACCGCGCCCUCGAGGUGUACCAGACUAUCCGCAAGCCGCGCACCGACUGGGCCGUCAACACGGCCGCGGAGAACUCGAAGGGCCUGCAUACUGCCGACGCGAAGGCGCGCAACGCCGCGUUUGCGAGCGCGGACGAGAGCGCCAACCCCGACAAGAUGCUCAGCCGCGAGGUCCACGACAUCCUGUUCAACUAUGAUAUUGCCAAGGAGACGGAGGCGAGCUUUGACAAGCUGUUUGCCGAGCAGAAGUAG